GUGUGUGUGUGUGUGGAAGCGCUGCGUGUGAGUGUGACGCGUGUCUCUGUGUUCAGGACUCCGUGGAAGCGCUGCUGUUUCUCUGGUGACGGUGAGUAUAUCGUGGCAGGAUCUGCGCGGCAGCACGCGCUCUACAUCUGGGAGAAGAGCAUCGGGAACCUGGUGAAGAUCCUCCACGGGACGCGCGGAGAGCUGCUGCUGGACGUCGCUUGGCAUCCGGUGCGUCCGAUCAUCGCCUCCAUCUCCAGCGGCGUGGUGUCCAUCUGGGCUCAGAACCAAGUGGAGAACUGGAGCGCGUUUGCACCGGACUUUAAAGAGCUGGACGAGAACGUGGAGUACGAGGAGAGAGAAUCAGAGUUUGACAUCGAGGACGAGGACAAGAGCGAGCCGGAGCAGACCGGAGCGGACGCGGCCGAGGACGAGGAGGUGGACGUCACGUCAGUCGAUCCCAUCCCAGCGUUCUGCAGCAGUGACGAGGAGCUGGAGGACUAUAAAGCGCUGCUGUAUCUGCCCAUCGCUCCGGAGGUGGAGGACCCUGAGGAGAACCCGUUCGGCCCUCCGCCCGACGCCGCGGGUCAGAACGCCACGCCCGACGAUAGCUCCGCCCACAGCGGCCCCGGCGACAAGAAGCAGCGGCAGCCGUCGUCCGACGGAGGGCCACCCAAGAAGAAGAUCCGCACCACCACCAUCGAGCUGCAGGGCGUCCCGAACGACGAGGUGCAUCCGCUGCUGGGCGUGAAGGGCGACAGUAAGUCCAAGAAGAAGGCGGCGGGGCGGCCGAAGGGAUCGAAAGGUAAAGACAAAGACUCUCCGUUCAGACCCAAAGUGUGCCGGGACAGAGCAGAGGGGCUGGGGACGCCAGGAAGUCUGGUUCCGUCAACGUACAAGCAGCAUGAGGUUCAGGGUUUGGACUGAAGCGGAAGGCCUCUGGCGCCCCCUGUCUGUGUGGAUGAACGACGAUGCUCUUUAAUGGACUCUGUGGACUGUUCUUGUGUUGCAUUUUUUAAGAAGGACCUUACAGCUCAACCACACCACAGUUUGAAGCCCGUCUGAUCAGUUUCCUCGCAUAGAGAGAGUGACAGGAAGAGGGAAUCAUUUAUUUUUUAUUUAGAGUAGAUGGUUCUGCCUCUGUGUGAAAGCACUAGUUGUCUUUUAUUUGUUUUGAGUUUUGUUUUUUCUGAGACUGGUCGUGUUUUUUUAUAUAUAUGUAUAGAUAUUAAACCAGUUUUUUGAGAGUG